UCCUUGCUAAGAUGUCGGCCGCUAUCGCCGCGCUCGCGUCCUACGGUGUCUCCGACUCUGGCUCCGACUCGGGCUCGGACAGUGAGGGAAGCUCCCGCCGCUCGGCGCUGGUAGCCAGCCGGGACUCGGUGCUGCAUCUCGCUUCACCGCCCUCUGCCCCGCAGGCCUCGGCGGUGGACUCGGCCCCGGAGGUGGCUGUGAAGGAAGAUGUAGAGACGGGAGUCCACCUCGAUCCUGCAAUCAAGGAAGUUCAGUACAAUCCCACUUACGACACCAUGUUUGCACCAGAGUUUGGGCCAGAAAACCCGUUUAGGACUCAGCAGAUGGCUGCACCUAGGAAUAUGCUUUCUGGAUAUGCAGAACCAACACACAUCAAUGAUUUCAUGUUUGAACAACAGAGAAGAACAUUUGCAACUUAUGGUUAUGCAUUAGAUCCCUCUCUAGAUACUCAGGACGUUGCUACUAAAUACAUUGGUUCUGUAGAAGAAGCUGAAAAAAAUCAAGGUUUAACAGUAUUUGAAACAGGACAAAAGAAAAUAGAAAAAAGGAAGAAAUUCAAAGAGAACGAUGCAUCUAAUAUUGAUGGCUUCCUGGGACCAUGGGCAAAAUAUGUGGAUGAGAAAGAAGUAGCCAAGCCCUCAGAAGAAGAGCAGAAAGAGUUGGAUGAAAUAACAGCAAAGAGGCAGAAGAAGGGCAAACACGAAGAUGAUAAACCUGGAGAGGAGAAGACUAUCUUACAUGUCAAAGAAAUGUAUGACUACCAGGGAAGAUCCUAUCUUCAUGUUCCUCAAGAUGUUGGCGUUAAUCUCCGUUCUACAGUGCCCCCUGAGAAAUGCUAUCUCCCAAAGAAACAGCUCCAUGUAUGGUCUGGACAUACAAAGGGUGUCAGUGCAGUCAGGUUGUUUCCACUCUCUGGCCACAUAUUGCUAUCUUGCUCCAUGGACUGUAAAAUUAAACUAUGGGAGGUUUACGGUGAACGAAGAUGCUUACGAACAUUUAUUGGGCACAGUAAAGCAGUUCGAGACAUCUGCUUUAACAAUGCUGGAACUCAGUUUCUUAGUGCAGCAUAUGACCGGUAUCUUAAACUCUGGGACACUGAAACAGGGCAAUGUGUUUCAAGGUUCACAAACAGGAAGGUUCCAUACUGUGUCAAAUUCAAUCCUGAUGAAGAUAAACAAAGUCUUUUUGUGGCAGGAAUGUCAGAUAAAAAAAUUGUACAGUGGGACAUUCGAAGUGGGGAGAUUGUGCAGGAGUACGAUAGGCAUUUGGGAGCUGUCAACACCAUUGUGUUUGUGGAUGAGAAUAGACGGUUUGUGAGUACAUCUGAUGACAAGAGUUUAAGAGUCUGGGAAUGGGACAUUCCUGUCGAUUUCAAGUACAUCGCAGAGCCAAGUAUGCACUCGAUGCCUGCAGUCACCUUGUCUCCAAAUGGAAAAUGGCUGGCUUGUCAAUCAAUGGAUAAUCAGAUUUUGAUUUUUGGAGCUCAGAACAGAUUCAGAUUAAACAAAAAGAAAAUCUUCAAGGGUCACAUGGUGGCAGGUUAUGCUUGUCAAGUUGAUUUUUCACCUGACAUGAGCUAUGUGAUAUCAGGUGAUGCAGAUGGAAAACUUAACAUCUGGGACUGGAAGACGACAAAACUCUACAGUAGGUUAAAAGCACAUGACAAAGUUUGUAUAGGCGCAGUCUGGCAUCCACAUGAAACAUCCAAGGUCAUCACCUGUGGCUGGGAUGGUCUUAUUAAAUUGUGGGACUGAAGGGGGCACUGCAAGGAACUAAAUUUUUAUAAGACUUUUUGUGAACAUCUGAGAUUGCUAAACAUGAACUCUGCUGAGGAUGGUUUGAUUUGAACUUCCAGCUGUUUUCGGGUUCUUCACUAUUGAAGUGCACUGCGCAGUCUUGGAAAUGGGAAAUCUCCCAGGCAGAAGACUCAGCUGAAAGGCUACUCUUCUAAGUAUGACUUCAAGGUUUGUGAGAAGCUGAGAACAGUCAUGUGAAGUGGCCAGAAAUAAAUAUUAAUUUGAUAAGUUAUUUUCUGUUUGAUCCACUUUUUCAGAAUAAAACAGUAUUUUCUAGUUUGCGAUUCUGGAUGUCUCACAGUAUAUGGUGUAGAAGUAGAAAACCAGCAGUUUUUUUGUGUUCUGUAACUGCAUAGCUCAGAAGAAAAGUCUCUUUAAUCUCUACUGCAGUAGAUCUUGAAGAUGCACCCAUUAAUAGACUUUUUGGCAGUAUUCUAUGGCACCCAAGUUUCUUUGAUUUAUUAGAGUACACAACCAGUGAUUAAGAUUUAUUGAUCCAUAACCGAAACAGAGCUGAUCAAAGGCUUUAGCAUACAUACCCAAUGAACAAACUGAGUGUACCCUGCAGACUGUUCCCUAAACCCUCCAUCUGCGUUCUUAUAUUCAUAUCUUGACUUAAACAUUUACAUGAUACUGAUCAUGGAGGUUCCUCUACGUAACCAUCUUUAUUUGAAAGUUUUCUUUAUAAUAAAAAGAAAUUCCCCCCCCCCCAAAAAAAAAACCCAAGGUAAAUUCCAUAUACUGUUAAUUAUCAUGCUUUUCUGGAGCAUAUUUCAAAGAGAACCACAUUCCCUGUCCCUUAAUCAUAUUCUUUGUACAGGGUGCACUUUAGUACUCACUGUUCCUGUAUUAUAUGCACCAUAUUGUUUCCAUGCUAAGCUACUGUAUAUACAUGUCACAAUUUCUCUUUUUU